AUGUCGAAAGUUGUCCGCAGCGUGAAGAAUGUAACUAAGGGUUACUCUUCAGUACAAGUCAAAGUUCGAAAUGCAACGAGCAAUGACCCUUGGGGCCCGACAGGCACCGAAAUGGCAGAGAUUGCUGCCAUGACCUUCAGCAGUCCGACAGAUUUCUACGAGAUUAUGGACAUGCUCGAUAAGCGACUGAACGACAAGGGCAAGAAUUGGCGCCAUGUUCUCAAGUCGUUGAAGGUAUUAGAUUAUUGCCUUCAUGAAGGAUCUGAGCUAGUUGUUACAUGGGCCCGAAAGAAUGUCUACAUCAUUAAGACGCUGCGCGAGUUCCAAUACGUGGACGAGGACGGGAGGGAUGUUGGCCAGAAUGUUCGUGUUGCGGCCAAGGAACUUACCACUCUCAUCCUCGAUGAGGACCGUUUGCGCAGUGAACGAUCCGACCGCAAGCUCUGGAAAUCUCGGGUGAAUGGACUGGACGAGUACCAGAGCCAUGGGCCCGAGCCUUCGCGCCGAUCUGACCGACGGGAGCGUCGCCAACCGACCGAUGACGAAGACAUAGAGUAUCGCCUGGCCAUUGAGGCGAGCAAGGCAGAAGCCGAGGAAGAGCGGAGACGACGGGAAAAGCAAUCCAUGAUGGGAGAAGAAGAUGAGGAUCUGGCCAAGGCGAUCAAGUUGAGCAAGGAAGAAGAGGAACUGCGGAAGCGGGAGCUGGAAGAGAGCAAUGCCCAAUCGCUUUUUGACGAUACUCCCGUCGCCCAAGCCCAGCCCACAGGGUAUAACCAAGGUUACCAGCAACAAGGCGCCGUCGACUGGUUUGGCAACCCCAUUAAUGCGCAGCAGCCUCUGUCUACCGGUUACUUGAACAACCAAUACGCACAACCAACCGGAUUUCAGAACCAGGUCACUGGAAUGCCUAAUGGAUACACCAAUGGAUUCCAAAAUCAGCCAGCUGCAUUCGAUCAGAAUCCAUACGGCCAGCUUCAGAACAACUUCUUGCAGCCACAGGCGACACUCCAGCCUCAGCAAACAGCUUUUACCACGAACAAUCCGUACGGCACCGACGUAUUUUCCCAGCAGCAGCAGCAGCAGCAGUACCAGCCGCAGUACCAGCAGCAACAACAAGCACAGGAGAAUAUUUCGCCGGCAGGUAGCAACAACCCAUGGGCCCAGAGCGGUGGCCAGACAGCGAAUGCCUUGCAACCCAUGCCUACCGGGUCCAACAAUCCGUUUGCUGCCCGCACUCAAUUCCAGACUCGGCCCCAAACGUCGACUGGCCUUCAAUCGCUUAACACGCUCGCGGAAGAAAGAGCAACCAAUCAAUUUACUUCCUCCGCUAACCCUAUCGCCAAUUUCCAGGCCCCAGCACCCCCCAAGAGCACACCGCCACAAACGAACAAUCCUCACCACGCCCGUCUCAAUGUUCUUCUAGCCACCGGCGAGGGGCAGGACACGUUCGGCAACGUUGGCGAUCUACGUAUCCCGGCCCAGCAUACUGCUCCAGGCACUUUCGUCAACUCUGCCGGUCAGGGUUUGGAUCGUCUGCGAGCAACUCACACAGGCAAUAACCCCUUUUAUAACCAGCAGCAAUUUGUCCCACAGUCGACAGGCUUUGCUCAAUCUUCGAGCAACCCUUGGGCGACUCAGCGGCCUUACCAGCAGCAGUCUCAGGCCGGUGGCAGCCUGAUUGACUUGUAA